AUGUAUUCGGGCACAUCGGAACAUGCGCUGCUCGCACAAACGCCACUGGCGCCGUUUAACCCGGUGCAACUACGCGAUGCAGAUGCCCACUUAUUCCAGUACUUCCAAACUACUGCCUCAUGUUGUCUCUCAACUGUCAGCAAUGAUCCGGUGAAUCUGGGAAAUAUCCUCGUCUGCAUGGCUCUCACGAGGACCUCCCCGUCUGCGACGGCCAUCUGGCAGGCAAUGCUGGGCUUGUCGUCGCUGCAUCGCUAUGGGUUACAGGGUCAAGCGAUUGAGUUCAAGAUCUCCGCCAUCGAAGCCCUGGCUGCCGCGUCGAAUAGUGCGAUCGGUACUGCCGAAGCAAUCCAGCACGUCGCCGCCGCCAUGCUCUUGUGCUCGUUUGAAAUCCACAAAGCAUCGUGCACCGCAGGCCAAUGGAAAUGGUAUAUCACCGGCGCUAAACAAAUCAUAAGCUCCCUGUCGCUUCACAGGUUUAGUGGAAACACUGAUAUUGGCGCUCUACUGGAUUGGGUAUAUUAUCAUGAUAUGUUGUCGCGGUUCAGUGCCCUGCAUUGGCGCCGGGGAGAAGGCACUCGGUAUCUGCCGCUAGAAAUGUGCGUGGAAGCUGUUCGCGAGGAAUCACAAUAUUCUAAUAUGAAUUUGGGAUCGGCCUUGAUCUUGCAAUCAAGGCAAUCCACUAUCAAUGAUCUUCUACAACUCCUCGCACAUGGAUGUGAGAUUAUAUCUGGAAGACCGGCCAUCACCUCUCCAGAGGACAGGCGUGAGUAUGAAGAGUCCAUCCGAAUUCUCGGCAGCCAGAUCAAAUCCCUCCCCAUAAACAAGAGCUCAAACUCAACCCUUGAACUUUUUCACCUUGCCACACUUACUUAUCUCAAUCGCGCAACCGGCAAUCUUCUUGAGGAUGAUUCACAAACUCAACGCCGGAUAUCGCGUGCCUUUGCACUUUUAUCAUCCCAAAAGUCGUGUGAGCGCCAGUUCCUGCUCUUUAUUUUGGGGGGCGAGGCGCGGACAGAAGAGGAUCGGCGAAUGAUUCUUGAUCUCAUUGCCAGAACGGAAAAGACAGCCGCCUCGCGUUCACUCUUUUUAACUGGAGCCUUAAUCAAUUAUGUUUGGGUGCAGGAUGAUCUUGCAGAUCGGGAGCUGGACUAUAUGAAGAAGAUGAACACUAUUAUCAGCAUUUGCAGCAUCUUGCCAUCUUUUGUAUAG